AUGACUCCCAUUUUCAAGAUUGCCGCGAUUCAACUCUACGUCAAGGUAAGCCUCGUAUCCAGCCGGUUGUUUACCCGGGUCAAUGAGUCAGCGGUCAGGAAACUUCCAUUUAACUUCGAACACCUACAGCCCCUCCGCCCUGCAGAGAACUUUGCCAAAGCUGUUAAAUUUAUCCGUGAUGCUGCAGCACAAGGGUGUCAUCUCGCUGUAUUACCGGAAUUCCACCUGACAAAUUGGAUCCCAGACGACCCCAGAUUUGUACCCCUUUGUUCUGAAUGGGAAACAUAUUUGCAGAAAUAUCAAGCACUCGCCAAGGAAUGUAACAUCUGUAUAGUGCCCGGCUCAAUCGUUCAAACUAUCACAGACACCACACCGCAAUCGCCAGACAAACUGUUACUGGAGAAUGUUACCUACUUUAUCUCUAACACCGGCGAGAUCCUGGGUUCGUAUACGAAAAAGAACCUCUGGGGCCCCACCGAGCGCAAGCACCUUCGAUCUUCGGGCAAUACACCUCACCAGGUUAUCCAAACCCCGCUAGGUCCCGUGGGCUUGUUGGUCUGUUGGGAUCUGGCCUUCCCUGAAGCCUGGCGCGAGCUUGUCUGCCAGGGUGCCAAAAUCAUCAUUGUGCCGACAUUAUGGACGCGAAGCGGGGCGUCUGAUGCAGGUCAUCGAUGGAAUCCUUCUGCCGAGUCCCUAUUUCUAGACAGUAUUCUCACAGCACGCACAUAUGAGAAUACCUGUGCUGUAGUAUUUGCCAAUGCUGGAGGACCUCCCGGGAGAAACUACUGCGGUCUGUCGCAGAUUACCAUCCCAUACGCGGGGCCGUUGGUUCGUCUGGGGACAUCUACGGAAGGCAUGGCAGUAGCAGACUUGGAUAUGGCGGUUUUAGAGGAUGCCGAGGCGAACUACUCCAUACGGGCGGACUUGACUCAAGAGGGCUGGCAUUAUAGCUAUGCCCGUCGAGAUGGAAAGAGACAAUCGGCGGAGAAGCUGUAA